UACAUCUAUAAUAAUAUUUAUAGAGCCACUUCCACAUCAUCUUUGUUCCCUUAACAGAACUCUUAACUUUCAAUCUAAACACAAAAAUUGCAGUAUGGGUUACGAUAGGCUCGGACCAUCAGGUUCGGUAUCAAACCCGAACCAGAAAGACCCUGCCACGUCACUCCCGGAGCUACAGAAGAGAACUAAGAAGACGAAACUGAUUCUCUUCACGCUAGCAGUACUAGUUGUCGCAGUGGUCUGCUUAGGGAUCUUUGCGGGCAUCCGAGCCGUAGGUUCAGAUCAACAUGCGCCGAAACUAAACCGUAAACCGACCCGAGAAAUCUCCCAAACCUGUAGCAAAGCCCAAUACCCGAACCUCUGCAUCGACACGCUUCUCGACUUUCCGGGAGCUUUAACCGCCGACGAGAAACAGCUCAUCCACAUCUCCUUCAACGCGACACUUCAGAGUUUCAGCAAAGCGCUUUACUCAUCGUCGACGAUCUCCUACGCUCAGAUGCCGCCACGUGUACGAUCAGCUUACGACUCGUGUCUCGAGCUGCUCGACGACUCAGUCGACGCGCUAUCACGCGCUCUCUCCUCCAUCGUCGCCGCCUCAUCUUCCGAUGACUCUCACUCCGAUGUCAUGACGUGGCUUAGCUCUGCGAUGACUAACCACGACACGUGUACGGAGGGAUUCGACGAAGCCGGAGACGCCGGAGGAGGAGUGAAGGAUCAAGUGAUCGGAGCGGUGAAGGACUUGUCGGAGAUGGUGAUUAACUGCCUAGCUAUAUUCUCCGGCAACGUCAAUGAUUUAAGUGGAGUUCCGGUGGUGAACCAUAGGAAGUUGCUUGGGGAAGAAGAAACAGAAGAGUUUCCAUAUUGGUUGAAGAGAGGAGACAGAGAGCUUCUCGGUACCCCGGCGACGGAGAUUCAGGCGGAUAUCACGGUGUCUAAAGAUGGUAGCGGAACGUUUAAGACAAUAGCGGAGGCGAUCAAGAAAGCGCCGGAGCAUAGUAGCCGUCGAUUCGUCAUCUACGUGAAAGCAGGAAAGUACGAAGAAGAAAUUCUCAAGGUUGGGAGGAAAAAAACGAACUUAAUGUUCAUCGGAGACGGCAAGGGUAAAACGGUCAUAACCGGUGGAAAAAGCAUCGUCGAUGACCUCACUACUUUUCACACCGCCACUUUCGCCGCGACGGGAGCUGGAUUUAUAGUGAGAGACAUAACGUUCGAGAACUACGCCGGACCGGCGAAGCACCAAGCCGUGGCGCUCCGUGUCGGCGGAGACCACGCGGUGGUUUACCGUUGCAGCAUUAUCGGAUACCAAGACGCGCUCUACGUACAUUCUAACAGACAGUUUUUCCGCGAAUGCGAGAUUUACGGAACGGUCGAUUUCAUAUUCGGAAACGCAGCUGUGAUCUUACAGAGCUGUAACAUCUACGCACGUAAACCAAUGCCUCAGCAGAAAAUCACCAUCACGGCUCAGAACCGGAAAGACCCGAACCAGAACACGGGGAUCUCGAUCCACGCUUGUAAGCUUCUAGCAACUGCUGAUCUCGAAGCCUCCAAAGGUAGUUAUCCGACGUAUCUCGGCCGUCCGUGGAAGUUAUAUUCUAGAGUUGUGUACAUGAUGUCGGAUAUGGGCGACCAUAUUAACCCGAGAGGAUGGUUGGAGUGGAACGGUCCGUUUGCGUUGGAUUCUUUGUACUACGGUGAGUAUAUGAACCGAGGGCCGGGGUCGAGUACGGGUCAACGAGUCAAGUGGCCCGGUUAUCACAUUAUUACUUCACCGGUCGAGGCAAGUAAGUUUACUGUGGGUCAGUUCAUUGGAGGUUCAUCGUGGUUGCCAUCCACGGGCGUGGCCUUCUUCUCCGGGUUGUCACAGUAAGGCUGUCUCCUCAGCCUUGUAUGUAAACUAAUAUACGAAAGAUUUUAUAUACAACAAGGUUUAUGUUUCUGUUUUUUUUAAGUGUACUUUGUUAUAUGACAGCGCGUAUUCUUGAAUGAAAUAAAUAAGAUUAUGAUUUGAAUAUU